GCGAACGCGAUAAAAAGUUCCACUUAAACUUAAAUUCUACGGUGGUCGACUGAGGCCAAUACUUUAAACGACACUACGCAUCUCUUCUUUUCUCUACCGAUACGCAUGGCGGCCGAACACACAGGAAAGGGCCUUCUGUUGAAAGCAGACCCCAUUGCGAGCAACUUUCGUGAAGAGAUCAAAGCUGCACUUGCCCAAAGUCCAAAACCUCCCAAACUCGUCGGAAUCUUGUCUACUGCGUCUGCACCUAGCAAAUCUUAUGCAGAAUUUACCAAGAAACAAUGCGACGAUCUUAGAGUCGAUUUUGUGCUGAAGAAAGUUGGCUCUGCGCUUGAUCCUGCGUUGAGUGAUGGAGAAGGUGUAGAGGAAGCAAUCAUUGAGGCGAAUGAAGACGAUAGUGUAGAUGGCAUAAUGGUCUAUUAUCCUAUUUAUGGCGUACAACAGGACCAUUACCUGCAACAGGUUGUCUCUCCGUUCAAAGAUGUAGAGGGCUUGAACUUUAAAUUCCAUUACAAUCUUUACCACAACAUUCGUUACCUCAAGCCUCAGUCUCUGCUCUCCACUGCCGUACAAGAUCCCCCACCACCUGCGGUCGAGGACCGCCCUCCUCCAGGUACAGUGAAGUCCAUUUUGCCAUGCACCCCGCUGGCUAUCGUGAAAUGCCUCGAACAUAUCGGCGUUUACAACACAAUCUUGCCUUAUGGUGAUCGAGCAUACGGUAAGACUGUAACCGUGAUUAAUCGGUCGGAGGUUGUAGGACGUCCGCUUGCUGCCCUUCUGGCCAAUGAUGGUGCAAGAGUCUUCUCGGUCGAUAUUGACUCCAUCCAGGAAUACACCAAGAGACCACGUCAAAAAGCUGAUGCGCCAAACGCUUCUCGUUAUCACCCUAGACACGUCGUCCACCCGUGCUCGCUGACGUUGCAAGAGUGUCUUGCGCAUUCCGACGUUGUCGUCUCUGCUGUACCUAAUGCGAGCUAUAAGGUCAAGACUGAAUGGUUGAAGGACGGAUGUGUCUGCCUGAAUGUCGCUGCAGACAAGAACUUCGACAAGGAUGUUAGGGAAAAGGCAUCCUUGUAUAUGCCAACCAUUGGUAAAGUGACGAUCACUAUGCUUCUGCGCAAUCUGCUACGUCUUCAGGAAUACAGGAAGAUUCUUGCAGAAGAUGCCAAGCAAGAAAAAUCAAGCUAGUUCAAAGCACGCCACCUACCUAGACCCAAAACUGUAGAUGCGUUUAAUCCUCGUAUAGAAUUUAUCAUAGCAAGGAUGUAUGUACCAUUAAUUAGAUCCGAUGUCUAU